AUGGUUUUAUCAGAGGAAGGAGAGGACCAGCUGCACAAGAAAUUGUUAGAUUUGUGCAGCAAAUUAAAUUUGGAUCAAAAAACUGUAUCAAUUGCAUGGGACAAUUUUACCAGCAUAAAUAAGAAUUUCUCUUUAGAGGGCGAAUCUUUAAAUUGGUUAGGAUGUGCAGUAUUUGUAGCUUCUCAAUCUAUAGAAGUCACAACCAUAGGAACCACUGUCAUUAAAGGAAAUGGCAUAAAUCUGACGAGUCUUCUCAGAUACAGUAAUCUAAGUUUUGCACAGUUUUUUAACAAUAUAAAUAAGUGGGCAGACAUGGCCCAUUUGCCGGACGAAUUCAGAAGAAAAAUCGACCGUCUUAAAGAUACUUUCGGUGUAGCUCACAACACAUUCAAAAGGUUCUACCCAAUUUUUUCUAAAAUAUUUGCCUCGCCCAAUUCGACAGACUUGGAAACUACUAAACAACAUAGGAAUAGGAAAUUGAGACCAGUUUUGUGCAAUACUUCCAAAGUUUUCGAAUUUAUUUGGAACCUUUUUAUCACACUAAAAGGCGAAGAUCCGCAGUGCAGUUCCGAGUUGGUAAAAUCGUUUCAUCUAUUGUACGCCUGCUUAGAUUUAGCGUUCAAGAACGCCUUUUUGGCGGAACGUAGAGACUUGCUUAAUCCGAAUUUCGAAGGUUUACCUGCAGAUUGGAACAACCCUGGUUUCAUUGUUCCCCAGGAAGCCCCUUGCUUGAUAAGCUAUUUGUGUAAGUGUCCUUCAGUGGUAACUGAAGCGAGGUACAUGAAGGUGUAUGUGCUGAGAAGACUUAUUGGGAAUUUGAUAAAUAAUAAGGUUCUGUUAGCUGAUAAUAGAAAUUUCACUGGACUGUUCGAUCAACAUAAUUUUGAGCAGAAUUUUAAAAAUGUUGUUAAUGCUUAUGAGACGCAUUUACUAAAUUGUGCUGAUGUGGACGAGAGAAUAUUUCUUGCUGAAUACCGUCGGCAAUUGCUGGAACAACAAAAUAACACUUGGGCGCAAAUUGGUAGAGCAUCAUCUGUAACUUUUGCUGAACAAUCUGUGAUAGCUUCACCACCGAAUAAUACAAACUCCUUUGGAGCGGCAACACCUCGUGGAUCGGACACACCGUUGACCGGCAGAGUGUACUUACCCAGGGAGGCGGACGUUUUACCUCUGUCCAUGGAUAAAACCAUUACACAGAAAAUCACAAGAUUGCAUAAUAUUUUAAACAAUAGGUCUCCCGCAGCCAGCGAAUCCUUACUGGCCUUAUUUGAAAAUUGCCAAGUAGAUCCACUGCCGACCAUUCAAGAAGUUUUAAAUACUUUAGUUGAUAAAUUUGUAUCAGUCUACAUCAGUGCCCUUCCUAACAAAGAGGAAGACGCUAGAAAUAGAAUCCAAAUCGGCAUCACGUUGUUUUAUAAGUUUAUAGAAAAUAUUUUAGAAAAUGAAAAGAAAAUUAGGAACGAUAUAUCUACGUUAUUGAAAAAGGAGCUUUUCUAUCAAUGCAUGUUUGCUUGCUGUAUGGAAAUAGUACUAUUUUCCUAUAAUUUUCCUAAUAAAUUUCCAUUUAUCUUGGAUAUUUUCGAAAUACAACCUCUGCAUUUCGUGAAAGUGAUUGAAUUAAUAGUGAGGUCUAAAGAUCAGCUUUCUAGAGAGAUGGUCAAACACUUAAAUAGGAUAGAAGAAACAAUUCUUGAGACUCUUAUUUGGAAAUCUGACAGUCCCAUUUGGGGUGCAAUCAAUAGUUCUGGAGAAGGAAUUCCAAAAUAUGAAUCGACUGCUUUACCGGGCCAUCUGGUGUACAGUGAUAGACAUUCCGUAAGGAAUGGGACCAGCGAAUCAAAUGGUUCUAAUACGCACUCUCCUGUACCAUCAGCUUUAGAUCGUUUUCAAUCUCCCGUGAAUUCUGCAAGUAGACAACUCUUUUCUCAAGUCCAAUCUGGACAAUCUGUGUUACAAAAACACACGCACUUAAUGAUCACUGAUAAGGAUGGAAACAAAAAGCUCAUACCUAUAAUGGAUUGUGACAAGAAAGAAUUAAUAAACAAUGAUUCAUCCUAUGGACAACCCCGAAAACUUAACAGCUUAUCUCUUAUAUUCAGAAAGUUCUAUAAUUUGGCUGGGUUGAGAAUGGAGCACCUGUGCAUGAAACUUGGUCUGACCGACAUCGAAGUCAAACAAAAAAUUUGGACUGUCUUUGAAGAUUCGAUAAGGAAUAGCGAUUUAAUAAGAGACAGACACCUCGAUCAACUAUUGAUGUGCGCAGUUUACGUAAUAUGUAGGAUAUCAAAUUCGACUUUGAAGUUCCAGGACAUUAUGAAAUUCUACAGGGACCAACCGCAAAGCGGGAGCAAUGUGUAUAGAGACGUUUUGAUUUCUAGAGAGAUUACUGAUGAUGAAAAUGGCACUGUUGCUGAAAAAAGGAGCGACCUUAUUAGUUUUUAUAAUUCUGUCUAUGUGGAGGUGAUGCAGAGGUUUGCAGUACGAUUCCGGAGUUCUAUACCGAAUGGUAAUUUACUCUUAAGUCCUUUACCAGCCGUCAAAAGGGACCUGAUUUCCCCUAGCAUUCAAGUCGUCGGAAACGUAUUUGUCAGACCAUUAGAAAGUCCAUCAACGGCUUCUACCGGUGGCUUUAACUAUUUUUUCAGUCGCAGUCCAUCAAAGGAUCUAAAAGACAUCAACAAGCUGGUGAACAACAAUAGAGUCGCUGGUAAACGACUUUUAGCCGACGACGAUUUAGAUAUAGAAAUCGCGGCAAAUAAGAGAGCAUCGAAUCGUAAGAUACAAUCUCUUGUCGAGGAGCGCCGCAAUCAAAAUAACGAAUAA